AUGUACCUAAUAGUGGAGUUUGAGGGAGAAGGGACGACUGACCAGGCCAAGUCCUGGUAUGCUGACGGAUACUCCUGGUGGCCACCAUAUAAAGACAUUGACAGGCUGUUAAAGAGUGUUAAAAUCAUGGAGACACCACAGCCAGAGAAGGGGUGGACCCGGCAUAAAACAAGAAUCCUGCAUGAGUCAGCCAACAACUGGAAGAAGGCCAGCUAUACAUCCGACAUAAAUUCAGAACCCGAAAUUGCUGGAAAAAGGAUUCCAAAAAAGAAACUGUGCUCCAACCACAUCUACUCAUCGGAUGAUGAGGCACCAGAACAACCACCUCUUCAAAAAAAGGAAAAAACUGCAGACAAAGAAAGUGUUCCACCAGCACCAAAACCUCCAUCAAUUCCAAAACGCACAAAGAAAAAAGGUCCUGUUGUGCAACCUCAGGUUUUGCAGAGCAGAGCUGUAAACUCUUUAAGCAACUCAUUUGUUAAUCAGCAACAAAGUGAUAUGGAAGACCAACAGCAGACCUGGUGUGAGAGUCUCCCCAGCUUUCAAGCUCCAGUGCGUGUUUCUCAGCCAGACCAUCACGGAGACGGUUGGAGUAUUGAUCCACCUAACACACAAGACCACACCUUUUCUGUCAUGAGACCCUCAGGGGACCACCUUGGAAGAACGCAGACGACUGUGGGCAUCUCUCAGGCAGACCAUCACGGAGCCGGCUGGAGUGUUCAUCCACCUAACACACAAGAGCACACCUUUUCUGUCCUGAGACCCUCAGGGGACCACCAAGGAAGAACACAGACGACACUGGGCAUCCCUCAGGCAGACCAUCACGGAGCCGGCAAUGGUGUUGAUCCACCUAACACACAAGAGCACACCUUUUCUGUCCUGAGACCCUCAGGUGAUUGUGACCACCAAGGAAGAACACAGACGACACUGGGCAUCUCUCAGCCAGACCAUCACGGAGCCGGCUAUGGUGUUGAUCCACUUAACACACAAGAGCACACCUUUUAUGUCCUGAGACCCUCAGGUGGCCACCAAGGAAGAGAACAGAGUACUUCUGGCGUGAGACAGGAAAAUCCAGUCUUGCGUCUGGUUCCAAAUCAAUGUACAUCUGUAGAAAGGGCCAUUCUAGAAACACUAGAGAAAAUGGACAUGAAGAUAAACCACCUGACUUCACUGGUCCAGUCUCUAGUGGGAAACAGGCGCUUUUUACCACCAGUGGCAGAGCAAAAUGAGGAGGAAGAUGGCAUCUUUCCUCUUGCAUCCACUGAGGAUCUAGACCGGCUGGAGCAAAGUCUGUCAGACAGAGGUUUUAUGCAGAGAAUGGUGAACAGAUUAUCCAUCAGCGGCGGGCCAAAUAUGAAGAAGACCGUCUGGAGAAUCUGCUCCAAGGUGUUCAGCACCAACGUCGCCCGCCAACUUAACUGGUGUGGAAGAGGAGACAAGCGGGGGAUGGGUGAUUCUCACGAAAACUUGAUUUUAAAAAUGUCAAGCAUGAAAAUGUAAAAAAUGCUUAAAUUUACUUUUUUUUUUCCAGACAUUAGAAACAAAGUCUGGAGUAUUUGUGAAAAUUAAUUUAAAAACUUUUACUUAUCAUUUAACACUUUUUUUAACAUAAUUUAAGUCCUAAAAAAUCUCAUUACCGCAACAGUCUGAAAACAUCAACACUGUUAGAAUAGCUAAUAUGUUUUCACAUUUUUAAAAAUGGAUUAUUAACAGUCAUGCACAGUUACUUGAAAUUCUGAAAUAAUAUUUAUUUUUAGUUUAACAGUUUUUUUUAUUUUGAUUAAUUUCUCUCAUUACCGCAACACCUUCCACAAUUUACAACCAUUUUUUUAAAAUAUUUCGAUGAAACCUGACGUAUUUUCAAAAUAACAUAACAAA